AUGCAGAAAGGCCGAAGCGGCGCCGAGGAGCAACAGAUUGAAUUCGGGGUGAAAUCCUUGCCUAUUGCGUCGACAUGGGAUGCCAUCAUCAACUCUUUUUCGGAGAACGAAGCCAGAGCGCUGAAACGAAAGGUGGGCCUGCAGCUGGUGGUGAUCUUGGGCCUUUGUUAUUGUGUCAGCCUCUUGGAUCGCAACAAUCUGGGCAACGCAGCCAUCACCGGCAUGAUUAACGAUCUCUACCUUAUCGGCAACCAAUACAACUUGAUCGUCCUACUAUUCUUCAUCACCUGUGUGACUGUCCAACCAAUCGCUGUGGCAGUCUGCCGCAAGAUCGGCCCGCGCACCUUUGUUCUUACCACUGUGUUGCUCUGGGGCACACUUCUGCUGGGAUUCGGCUGUGUACAACAUUGUUACCAGCUCCUCCCUCUCCGAGUGGUCCUGGGGCUUACUGGAAGGAGGAUUAAUGCCCCGCUGCGUUUAUCUGAUGCCUUGAUAGUAGGUGGGGCAUGA